GCAUCUAUGCAUGCAAAAUGUGGGGUACAGUUAUUCCAGAAGCAGCCCCAGAAGCAAUGCACAGCAUCUCAAUGACACAGUCAGCAUCCUCUCAGCAUCAGAUGGUGGCAUCUCCAGAGAAUAUCAGGCCUCAUGAGUCUGACAAGAUUUCCCCCCGGAUCUUCCCGAAGAAGCUGCACAAUAUCCUGUCUUCCGUCAACUUUCUCCUGUUUCUAGUGACCACUUCAACUCCUUUGUUGUUAAAGUUUAAAAUAUACCACGGUUCUUUCAUGAAUGGAUGGUGGACUGUUUGUGAUGGGUUCGGUUGUAGUUCAAUUGUGUCCUCUUCUGGCCCUUUGAUGGCUGCCCGAAUCCUUUCUGUAGCUGCUGUUUUUUCCAGCUUCGUUGCUUUGAUUUCUGCGUGGAGACUGCUGACUCGCUUGAUAGGACGGGAGAUAACCGAAAACCUGAUUUGUUCACUGGCUCAUUUCGGUGCAGGACUCUUCUUGCUAUCUGCCCUGUUGAUUACUUUCUGCAAUCUUAGAGUCAAAGUUGAUAUAUACAACAAUAAAAUGAGAACUUACUAUGGUUUUUACAUCGGUUGCUUUGUCUGCUUUCUAUCAUUCUUCUUAGGCACAAUCAGCCUAUUAUAUCAUAAGGGCUUGAUCAAAGAAAAGGAAAAUGGGAUCUCUGACAUAAACGCAGGAGCACAAAAAGAGAUGGCACAAACGGACACUGAUCAACCUACUGUAUAAUCUAUGCUUGAUCUGUAUUGUUGAAGAGUACAAUUACAGGCAUCCUUUGGAGAUCCUGCAAACUGCAGACAAGCUGCAUGAAUGGCUGUUUAGUCGACAACAAUUUGGGAUACUGAAGGCCAUCUGAGAGCUGUACAAGAAGCAGCUUCUUGUUCCCUGCUCCACUCACCAACACUUCUAUUAAAAUUGUUGACGUGACACAAGA